GGGGAGGCGAGGUGAAUGUGAGAGGGUCGUACUUUACAAUUCGUCUUUUUAACGACUCUGGAUAUCUUCUUUUUCUUGCCGAAUAAAAAAUUCACUCCUGUUUUUUCCGCCUGGACUGGACUUUAGGGGUGAUGAGAAGAAGCCUACUUUGAAACAAACUGCUGCUCAUAUCUCCUUCCAUCCUUUUUUUUUUUUUUUUAAAUAUAAAGUCUCCGUCAUAUGCUCUCUUCAGUUUUAGGCAAGGGCGCCAGACCUCCAGCUUCUGCAAAUCUGCAAGUUCUGUUCAGUCAUUUCUGACAUUGUCUGACAGCUUUGGGAAUAAGAGAUCGAUACCCGAGGAAAGGCAUUCUUCUGGAAUUCUAACGAUCAUUACAUCGCGAUCCUUAUUAAAAAAACAAAAAAAAUGCGAUUCGGUUGGUUUCGGUUGGUUCGGUCCAGCUCGACGCUCUGGUACAGCUGGACCGGCGCUAAUAGUGACUGAUUAUUGCCAUUUGGUUUUUUAUCAAUGCAAGACUGGGUGUAGAAAGAUGUCUGGCCACUUCUUUGAGAGGAUCAUUGCUAUCAGAGAUGGCAUUUUGGUCCAGCACUUCGGUUUUCACCUCUAAAGUGCCCCGGAAAAUCUUAUUCAUGUUUACCCUCUCCCUCUCUGUCACUUACUUGUUUUACAGCUUGUUGAGCUGCUACAACUCGCUGCAGUUCCCGCUGCAAGAGAACUACGUCUAUCAAGGCAGGCUGGUGACGGAGGAGACAACUUCGGUGACAUUGAGGGAGAAACUUUAUUCCGCCUCCCAGGGCUUCGCCGUGUACACGGAGGCGCUGGGAACCGCCGCGUCCCCCGCCGCCGAGGACCAUGCCGAGGAGGCAGAACAAAGGACGGCGGAGUGGACUAGGACGCAGGCGUCUCCGACCAGAGAGGCGUUUCACAGCACGGUGCUGAAGAAGGAGCGCCAGGAAUCCAGCACCACGGAGAGCGAACUCGCCCUCAUGAACUGCACGUCGGAUUACGGAGUGAAGAAACUUCCCCAAGCCAUCAUUAUCGGCGUGAAGAAAGGGGGGACCCGAGCCCUGCUGGAGGCGCUGAGGGUGCACCCGGAUGUCAGAGCCGUUGGAAAUGAGCCACAUUUUUUUGACAGGAACUACGAGAAGGGGUUGGACUGGUACAGGGACCUGAUGCCUUCGACACUGGAUGGUCAGAUCACCAUGGAGAAGACGCCCAGUUACUUUGUGACAAACCACGCCCCCAAGCGUAUUUACUCCAUGGCCAAGGACAUCAAACUCAUCAUUGUGGUGCGGAAUCCUGUCACCAGAGCCAUUUCGGACUACACGCAGACUUUGUCCAAGAAGCCAGAGAUUCCGACCUUCGAGGUUCUGGCUUUCAAGAACCGGACGCUGGGUCUUAUAGACGCCUCGUGGAGCGCACUACGCAUAGGAAUAUACGCACUUCACCUGGAGAGCUGGAUGCAGUACUUUCCUCUCUCCCAGAUGCACUUUGUCAGCGGGGAAAGGCUGAUCGUCGACCCGGCGGGUGAGAUGGCCAGGGUGCAAGACUUCUUGGGACUAAAGCGGAUUGUCACGGACAAACACUUUUACUUCAAUAAAACGAAAGGGUUCCCCUGUCUGAAGAAGCCCGAGGACAGCAGCACUCCCAGGUGCCUCGGGAAGUCUAAAGGGAGAACUCACCCUAAUAUCGAAGCCGACGUGAUCAGGCGGCUCCACAAGUUCUACAAACCCUUUAACCAGAUGUUCUACCAAAUGACGGGCCAGAACUUUGAGUGGGAGCUGGAUGAGGAAAGCGAAACCCGCAGCUCUCAGGACUAGCAGACAGCAGGAAACCGCACGGCGCUGCCACACCACCAGCCUUUCUCCCAACAAGAAAAAAA